GGGCUUGGCCUCUGCGCGGCCUCGGAGCCGGAGCCGGAGGUGUUAUCUGGAGGGGUCGCGCCGAGCUGUUCCGUCGGGCGGCGUACCCCGGGCAGGGCCCGGGCUAAGAGUCCAGGAUGCUGAACGUCCCUUCCCAGUCUUUCCCGGGCCCCAGCUCGCAGCAGCGCGUCUCCUCCGGGGGGCGUAGCAAGGUCCCUCUGAAACAGGGCAGAAGUCUUAUGGAUUGGAUUCGACUGACCAAAAGUGGAAAGGACCUAACAGGAUUAAAAGGAAGAUUAAUUGAAGUAACUGAAGAAGAACUUAAAAAACACAACAAAAAAGAUGAUUGUUGGAUAUGCAUAAGAGGGUUUGUUUAUAAUGUCAGCCCGUACAUGGAGUAUCACCCUGGUGGAGAAGAGGAACUUAUGAGUGCAGCGGGAUCAGAUGGUACUGACCUUUUUGACCAGGUUCAUCGUUGGGUCAACUAUGAAUCCAUGCUGAAAGAAUGCCUGGUUGGCAGGAUGGCCGUUAAACCUGCUUUUCCUAAAGACUAUCAUGAGGAAAAGAGACUCUUAAACGGCAUGCUUCCCAAGAGCCAAGUGACAGAUCCACUUGCCAAAGAAGGGCCUAGUUCUCCAAGCUAUGACUGGUUCCAAACAGAUGCUUUAGUCACCAUUGUCAUAUAUACUAAACAGAAGGAUAUCAAUUUAGACUCAGUAAUAGCUGAUCACCGGGAUGAUUCCUUUAGAGCAGAAACAGUUAUCAAGGAUUAUUCAUAUCUUAUACAUAUUGCCCUAAGUCAUGAGAUUCAGGAAGAUUUUUCUGUGCGAGUUGUUGAGAAUGUGGGAAAAAUAGAGAUUGUCCUGAAGAAAAAAGAGAAUACUUCUUGGAAAUGCCUUGGUCAUCCCCUGGAGAAUCAUAAUUCACUUAUUCCAAAGAAAGAUACAGGUUUGUACUACAGAAAGUGCCAGUUAAUUUCCAAGGAAGAUGUGACUCAUGAUACGAAGCUUUUCUGCUUGAUGCUGCCACCAAGCACACAUCUUCAGGUGCCAACUGGGCUACAUGUUUACUUCAAGCUAACUAUUACAGGUACUGAAAUUGUGAAGCCAUAUACACCCGUAUCUGAUUCCUUAUUCUCAGAGUUCAAGGAACCAGUUCUUCCCAACAAUAAAUACAUCUACUUUUUGAUCAAAAUCUACCCUGCUGGACUCUUCACACCAGAGCUUGAUCAUCUUCAGAUUGGAGAUUAUGUUUCUGUAAGCAAUCCCGAGGGCAAUUUUAAAAUAUCCCAGUUCCGAGAAUUGGAAGAUCUCUUUUUAUUGGCAGCAGGAACAGGCUUCACACCAAUGGUUAAAGUACUGAGUUAUGCUUUGACUAAUAUACCCAGUCUCAGGAAAGUGAAGCUGAUGUUCUUCAAUAAAACAGAGGAUGACAUAAUUUGGAGAAGCCAAUUGGAGAAAUUAGCAUUUAAGGAUAAAAGAUUUGACCUUGAAUUUGUUCUCUCAGCACCUACUUCUGAAUGGAACGACAAACGGGGAAACAUUUCACCAGCUCUGCUUUCUGAAUUUUUGGAAAGAAGUUUAGACACAUAGAAAGCCUCAUCUGCAUUUGUGGACCAAUGCCAUUUACAGAACAAGGAAUGAAGUGAGUAGCAAUGUGGUAGGAGAGAGAAUCCCAGCACCGUGAAAUUAUGACCUCCUAUAAACAGCAGUUGACGUGGCUCUCAUUUCUUCCUAUUCAUAUGAACCUGCACUUCAGUAGUAUGUCACAGCGUAAGAAAAUAAUAACAAAGUGUUUAAUCUGCAUGCAGGUGAAGCGUCGGAGGCCCGGAUUAUGCACAGAGUUAGAUGUGAACACAAAAGCCAGACACAGCCAGCUCUUGAUGGCCUCUGGUAGUGUCUGGUAGUGUGGACGCUUUCACAAGAUUGGUGCCAGAUAGUUUUGCGGACACUAGAUUCAACCU